AUGAGUCGCUCAGUCGUCGCGACGUCUGCCCAGUUUUCUCCUAUCUUUCUCUUAUUCCAUCAAGUUGAUUUCUUUGCACUUUAUUACUCACAUCCUCUCCCUCUCUCACUCUCUCCCUCCCUCCCUCACUCUCUCUCUCUCUCUCUCUCUCUCUCUCUCUCUCUAUCUAUCUAUCUAUCUAUCUAUCUAUCUCAAUUUCUUCCUAUUACCAUUUUUUACUACUCUCUGUUACUCUUCAUUUUAUUUCUCAUUCUCUUUCGUGCUCCUCUUUUCCUGAAUCUCUGUCUUUCCCUCUCUUUCUCUUGUUCUUACCUUGUUUCUCUUUUUCCUUAUCAUUUCCUUACCUUGUUUCUCUUUUUCCUUAUCGUUUCCUUACCUUGUUUCUCUUUUUCCUUAUCGUUUCCUUACCUUAUUUCUCUUUUUCCUUAUCGUUUCCUUACCUUGUUUCUCUUUUUCCUUAUCGUUUCUAUUACUCCAAUUUCUCCCAUUUUCAUUUCUUCACACUCUCAUUCCUUUCUUUUUUCUUUCCCUCCUCAUCCCUCUUUAUUUAUAUCUCAUUCUCGUUCACCUUUUUCUACUUUUCGCAACUGUCUUUCUCCCUCUAAUGUUAUCCUUUUCCUUGUCUCUCUCACACUUUCAAUUCUUUUUAAGUUCUCUCUCUCUCUUCUCAUUCUCUUCCUAUGUGUGUUUUUUCUCUCUCUCUCACUAACCCCACCAACACAAGUUCUCUCUCAUAUAUUUAUAUCCCUGCACGUGGCGGCCAACACCACCGACACACUGCCCCGACCCAAUCCGCCAAUGCCUUUUACCCACUCUUCUCUCUCAUUCAGCCAGGGCCUAGCUCGUUUCCGACAGCUUCUCUCCUCCCGCCAUUUGGCAGGCAGUACGCAUUUCCGGGCUGACAGAGUCGAUUUCUUUGGAAAGGGGAGGUUCCGUUCAGGUUGA